AUGAAGCUGCUACUGUAUCUUCUUCUCUUCACCCUGCAAAAAGUUCAUGGGACUCCUGUUUUCUGCCCAGAAACAAGUAACCUCAGUUCUGAUCAGCUUCUGAUUGGUUGUCUGGGUGUACGGCUCUCCUGGCUGUAUGCUGUGUUUGAUGAUCUGCUGUCAGUGCUGGACUUUGCUGUUAAUCUGCGUUGCGAGACUGGAAUCUGUCCCGCAGACAUUCAGAACCACGGGCAUUACUGCAGUAAUGCUAAAACACAGGACGAAGCACACACACAUAUACAGCCUGCCGACACAUUGGACCGGUGUUGUCUAACCCAUUGGAGAUGUUAUCAGGAGGUAAAGGAGAGAAACUGCAGUCGUCCGACACCUAUACACACCAACUACACCUGCAGCUACAACUCCAGCUGUGAUACGUUGGAUUUCUGUGAUGAAGGAUUCUGCCUUUGUGAUCGGACAGUUAUAGACUGCAUUAGCUCCAACUAUCCAAUCACAAAACAGGAUGGAGAUAACCAACCAGUCACAUCACAGACAGUAUUUUCUUUUGUGACAGAUCUUCCUGAUAAUGACACCUACACCAGUGAGGUGUCCUAUGGAAUAGACAGGGUGGAGGUUUCUCAAUCAGAUUUUGACAUGGAGGUCCUCUCCUAUGGUCUGAAUGACACAUUGAAUGAGACUAUGAGCAACUUCACCAAUGAGCUGGUGUCAGUCAACGGCUCUCAAACCAACCAGAGCACAGAGAACCCUGCGAUAUAUCAGACUGGUAAAGAUUUCUAUCAAACUUGCUCAGACUUUAAUUUCACACCAAGCAAGCUUCUUAUUUUCAUCAUGGUUACAGCCGUUCUGAUGACAGAAGAAAGGGAAAUCCUUACUAGUCAUGACACAAUGAAAUUAACCACAAAUUAUGAGCAGACCGUUAGCACACAGCUAACCUUAAUUACAGGAUCACAGACUGUCACACACUUACCAAAAACACACACAUACACAAGCACACAUUCAAACCCCCCACAACACUUAUCAAUCACACAGAGACCUGCCUCUACUACCUACAUAACACCUGCAACCACAUACACACACACUCUCACACACCCUGACCACCAAACAGCUGAAGAAGAGGAGGAAAGUAAUGAAGAUGAAACAGUGGAUGAUGAAGGCACAUUGCCGCCAGUUACAAGCAACACUUUAAAACCUGCAUACACGCCUGCACAUGGUAUACACAAAACACACGUGGUAAAACCCCUUACACAUACAUCUAGUCCUGGUACACACAGAACACACACCGUUAAACCACUUACACAUAUAACUGCCCCUGGUGUACACACAACACGCACCAUAGAGUCGUAUGUUAGUGCACCUUCUCACACCAUAAAAGAGGAAAAGAGCGAUGAAUCAGUGGUGAGAGAAGAAGACCAGGAAACAGUGGAGAAAGACAAUGACAAAGAAAUAGAAGUACAGCAAACACAAACCAAUCAAAGCAUGUAUACCUUUCUGAUGGCCACACCCACCAAAACAUCAGCCAAUCCAAACUUGCAUUACGGAACAACUCCAUCCAGGCCUACCAAUGAAAACGCAGUAGAUGCACCUACUUCUGUACCUCUUUCAUCCGAGAGAGAAAGUGAUGAGAAAGACAUAUCUGUUGAAGAAAUGGAGAAAGACAGUGAGGAGAGAGAGGAAGCAGUUGAAGAAGUAGAGAAAGAGAGUGUAAAUGAGGGUUUUUUAUUAAAUACCCUAAACAAGACUCAGGAAAACAAUGCAGAACUGCCAGACGACUUAAGCAUAACCAAACCAACAACUUCAGCAUCACAUUCCACACAAACACAAGCCAAGACAAAGGCAUCACACAUGGGUUCCUCAUCGGAAGAGGAUGAAAGGCAAAAGAAAGAGAGUGAGGAAGAUCUUCAGAGUGAUAAAGACAGGCAGAACAGCAUUCUGUCUCACACACCUGCAGAACCAACUGAUAACCACAAAACAACAUCUACGGUUCCCCACGAGCCCACCAGCUCCUGGACAACAACAACCACAUCAGGUCGUGUUGUUGAAACUGUUCCUCAACCCCAGAAACCUGCCCACCCACCCUUGAUCCUGCCUUCUAUUGCUCCAAUGACCACUACAGCUGAGGAAGAGUCUGCUGAGGAAGAGGAGCCCACUGAAGAAGAUGAGAAAAAGGAAGAGAAAGAGCCAUCUGAUAGCUCACAGGAAACAGAUAAGAUUGAGUCCAUCCGUGUCCGGAGACGAGCAGUGCCGUUCUUUGCCUGGUCUCUACUAGAGGCUGCAGGACUGUCAGACCUAAAGGCGCAAGAAGAAACUGAAGAAUGUAGCAUGUCUUUCCUUCAGUACAAUGCAGCGGGACAGGUGCUGAGGGACAUGUCUGGUCUGGGAGAAAUGCUGAACUGUCUCACUGGACGAUGUCCUCAUGAGUAUCAACACUACGGAUGCUACUGCGGACAGCAGGGGACAGGAAACCCAGUAGACCAGCUGGACCGUUGCUGUUUUCUGCAACAGUGCUGCUUGGAGCAGCUCAGUGUGCUAGGCUGCAGGAAAAACAGAAAACUCAAUGCUCAAAUCAGCUGCCACAAUGGAAAACCACAAUGUUUGGGUGUGAGUGUGUGUGACCGGCUGCAGUGUGUCUGCGAUCGUUUGACUGCUGACUGCAUAGCGGCCUCACGCUUCAAUCACUCAAUCACCUCCUCAUGUUCUGGACCUCGCCCACCAUGCUACCGCAAGCCACAUUCUUCAACACAAUUAGCCAAUCAGGUCUCCAGUGAGGAGAGCAAUGAAAUGACCCUUCCCCAACCUCAGCUGAACACACAAAGCCAACAAUUUAACACACAGGUUCAGCCGCACACACUAUCAGUCGUAACAAAAAACACUCAUACUAACAGCAAACCUGCAGGGGGCACCAAACAGGAGGAGGAGGAGGAGGAAGAGGAGGAGCCAGGAAAAGAAGAGGAAGAAAAUGAGGAAGAGGAGGAGGAGGAAGAAGAAUUGGAGCUAUAG